UUGCUGCUACUAAUUAAACGGUUUCACGCAGGAGUCCAUCACUUCCUACUGUACGAAGCUAUGUGUUGGCCGACAGGGAAGCGCGCGAAGCGCGGCUAUAUGCUCCUUCGCGCCGCUCGGGAGCCAUGGAGGAGCGGACACUGAAGGGGAGGAAGCAGCGACCGGAGCACUUCAGCAGCAGCGGGUCCACAGCGGCGGCGGUUCAGACAACGGUCGGUCCACGUUAUCUGCAAACGGCACGACCGCAACUGUAACUGACGGGAACACAAUGGUGACCUGGAGUAAAGUUUCCGUCAUAUGUGAAGAAGCUGUUGUCACUGAUGUCCAGCUCAACUUUCCGUUAACUGGGAUUUUGUUAGUCUCGAUGGGAUCAUAGCGACCGUGCAGAGUUUGUUUUGCUCCUGUGUUCUUGUCCGGUAAAAAGCCAUCUGCCCCCCCGGGGUAAAUCUGGCGCACUGUCGGCCCCGUAGUGGCUCUUUAAUAUUUUAAACCCGACAUCCGUGGAGGUCAACAUGGGGGCAAAGCAGAGCAGCCCGCCUGCUGAUCCAGCUGCCAACGGACGGACCCGAGCCUACUCGGGCUCGGACCUGCCGUCCAGCACGUCCAGCGGCGGCGGCGGUCAUGUCAGCAGAAGCACCGCCGGAGGUGGCAGCAGGUACCAUGGGUACAGUGCGCCCGGAGCCUCGUCCAGCACCAGCCAGGACAUAGGAGCCAGAGGAGGCAGGUCUGCAGGUGCCUCAGGGGGAUCGAGGACCAGAUCUCGGUCCGGCAUCAACAUUCCGAACAGCAGCGGAGUCUACAGUUCCCCGGAAUCCGAGGGCAGUAGCCCGGAGGAGGCGGCGGCAGCAGCAGCAGCGGCGGCGGAGAGGGAGCAUGAAGGUCCCAGGCUGCUGAUAGGAUCAUUACCAGCUCAUCUCUCCCCUAAUCUGUUUGGAGGCUUCAAGUGCCCCGUGUGCUCCAAGUUUGUGUCCUCGGAUGAGAUGGAUCUUCAUCUGGUUUUGUGUUUAACCAAACCCAGAGUGACAUACAAUGAGGACGUCCUCACUAAGGAUGCAGGAGAGUGUGCGAUCUGCCUGGAGGAGCUCGUACAGGGAGACACCAUUGCUCGUCUGCCCUGCCUCUGCAUUUAUCACAAAGGCUGCAUCGACGAGUGGUUUGAAGUGAACAGGUCGUGUCCGGAGCAUCCGUCAGAUUAGCGCUUUUUUUGCACAGCAGGUUCCCCUCAAAGAGUGAUCUACUUUCUUAAAGUGUGGAUCCUGGGAGGCUGCUGUCACCACUGUGACCACUGUGAUCAGUCAUCCACCCCCAUCCCCGAGAGAUAAUGUACUACCGUGGUGUGCCAAAUGUCAUUUCAACUAUCUUCAGGGAUUUAGACUUCAUGUUCGUGUUUGAGUUGCACAUCCAUACACUCGGUGUAGACUGGAGCAGCUGAUCUCCACCUCACUUCUGCAGCCCUGAUGUUCAGCGCUACGACGGGGCAGGGCGCUUCUUCCCGAGGCCACUGGAGAGCAGCUGUCAGCGGAUUGUACACCAGGACACUGGAGGAGGUGGACCAUGGGCCUGCAGGCAGCGACCGGGUGCAGGGGAGGGGAGGGGGUGGAUUACCCCUCCCCUUCUUUCCUCCCCCCCGGGCCCUCCCCUGCCCCCUCCUCCUUCAGCAUCAGUGUCCACCAGUGCCUUGUUGUAGUGACGUCCGGCCACAGCAGGGCGGCACAGAGGAGUCAAAAACCAUCAGCGGAGAUGAAUGGACUAACUGGUCGGACCUGCACCGCCAUCUCACAGCAAAAACUGCAUUUCUGCCAGUUCCAGGAGAAACAAGCCAGACACAGAAUCAGCAGCACGGACACGUUCAGAACUGAGGCUGCUACAGCUGCUGCAACAAUGGUGCCAACACACACACACACACACAC